AUGGAUUAUCAGGACUAUUUCUUUGAUAGUAUUGAGAGCAGUAGAUCAAAUCAACUAGAACAAGAUCUAGCCGUAGAUCAGAUAAAAAAAAAACAAGAUCUUGAUCUAGCUGAAGGUCAAAAUCUAGAUGUAGAUCAAGAUCUAGAUCAACACAAUCAAAAUCUUGAUCUAAAUGAGGAUGAUCUUGAUCGUGAUCUAGAUCGUGAUCUAGAUCUUGAUCUCGAUCUUGAUUUAGAUCUUGAUCUUGAUCGUGAUUUAGAUCUUGAUCUUGAUCGUGAUCUAGAUCUUGAUCUUGAUCGUGAUCUAGAUCUUGAUCUUGAUCGUGAUCUAGAUCUUGAUCUUGAUCAUGAUCUAGAUCUCGAUCGUGAUCUAGAUUUCGAUCGUGAGUUUGAUCCUGAUCUAGAUCUUGAGCUAGACUAUAAUUUUGUUGAUUCACAUCUUGAUCUAGAUCUUAAUGUAGAUCAUGAUCAAGAUCUAGAUUUAGAUCGAGACCUAGUCAAAAUCAUUUUUAAGAUUUAG